AUGCUGAUGCAGCCCCGGGGGCCGAUAGUGGUGCAUCCAUAUCCGGCAUGUGGUGCAGAGAUCGCGGGUCAAGCAAGAGGAGAUCCCGAUCUCCCUAGAAGAGUUGAGGCAAUCGCACAGCCUACAGCCACCCCUCAAGCGAUCCCCCAGCCCUCCCUGGGGCCGCGGUUGGAAGGACCUUCCAAGACCGAGCCCCGCGACACUCCGCCGCAUUCUUGGGCCGGCCCGUCAUCAGCGGUCACCCCCACGACUUCAGUCCCUGUCUUGCUAAUCUACUGGACAAUCAACACGGCCCUCUCCACCAUCGAGUUAAAAGUUCAGGUCGCCCUCAGUCUCCUCGAUGGCGAUGCUCAAGCCUGGGCCACUCCAAUCUUUGCCCAGCUAGCGGCCGUACAGAUCCAAGUCCAAGGAGCCACGACCCCGUUUGCCAAUGAAGCGGCCUUCCUCACGGCAUUCAAAGCCUGCUUCGGUAAUCUCGAUGAUACCGCUGCAGCACAGGUAGAGCUCACCAAACUCUGCGCCGACAAGUCCCUGCGCGAGAAGUGCACCGCUGCGGAAUUCUCCGCGUUAUUCAAGGGUCCGGUGGACCGCUCCGGGUAUGGCGACCUAGAGCUCCGCGACAAGUACCUUGGCGGCAUCCCCUCCCGCGUCUACCGCAAGGUCGAGCUCGAAGUGUUCAUCACGUGGCAAGAUGCCGACAAACGUGCCAACAAGGUCGAACAAAUCCUCGACAUCAGCCGGGCCCAACGGCCCAAGUUGAACAACUUCUUCUCGGCUCGAGGUCGAGGACGCGGUGGGGCAUGUGGUGGUGCACCCCAAUCGCACGGAGCUUCGGCCAGCAUCAAUGCGGCCGUCGGAAAAGGAAACUUCCCCGGCAGUUGUUAUGGCUGCGGGAAGCAAGGGUACUGA